CCCAGCUACUGGGCAGGCCCAGGCAGGAGAAUCGCUUGGGCCCGAGAAGUCGAGGCUGCGGGGAGCCGUGGUGGCCAUGCAGUCCAGCCUGGGCCACAGAGCGAACCUCGUCUCUGAAAAACGCAGCAGGGGUGACCGAGGCCCAUGCAUCGCCCGUGCGGAGCAUUUUGGGGGUGCCGGUGGCGCCCACGGGCCCUCCUGAGUAACGCGGCUGGGUCCAGGCCGUCCCGGGGCCUCGGUUCGGCUCGGGAAGGCGCGGAGCCUGGGGGCGCGGACGAGUCCUCCCCGGCGGCCCCUCAGGGACAUCGAGCCCCUGCAGGUGCAGCGCCCGCCUCUCCGCUCCGGCUCCGCCUCCGCCUCCGCCCUGGAACGCAGCGCGCUCCGCCCGCGGCCUCCCGGCGGCCCGCACAGCAAUCGCCGAGCUUAGCUGCCGCCACCUCGCGCCGGGUCCGCGCGGCCCACGGGACCCCCCUGAAGCUCCCGGCCCACGAUCCACAUGGACGCGCGGGACCCUGAAGCCCCCGGCGGGCGCGCGCUGCGGGAUGCGGGCUCCGGCCUCUUCCCGGAAAUCCUCCCGCCCCCCGGGCUUUCCUACUUGCCGAGGGAGUUCCAGGCCCACAAGAAGACUGGCUAUGAGGAAGAGAGCUGGAAUCUGAAGGCAGAAAAUCUAUUUCAGGAACUUCAGGAACAUUUUCAAGCUCUGACUGCAACAUUAAACCUCAGAAUGGAAGAAAUGGGAAAUCGCAUCGAGGACUUACAGAAGAACGUCAGUGACUUAAUGGUGCAAGCUGGCAUUGAAAAUUCUAUUAAACAACAAAUGCUGAAGACCUAACUGCAGCGUGACUGUGUUUGGAGACGGGGCCUCUACAGAAGUCAUUAAGGUUACAGGGGUCCUGAGGGUGGGGCCCUCAUCCAACAGGAUUCAUCUUUCUGAGAAGACAGGCCAGGGGCUCACCUGCUCUCCCCCGUGCCUGCACCAGAGAAGGAGGCCAUCGGCAAGCCAAGGAGAGCCCUCCCCAGAAAUCACACGGACCGGCACCUUGAUCUGGGACUUCCAGAAAACAGAACUGUGAAAAGACAAGUUCCUGUUGUUUAAACCACCCAAUCUGAAGUCUUGUUAUGGCAGUCCUGGGCAGACUCAUACAAUAUGCAACACAUUUACAAUACACAAGAAACACAUAAUAAACUUACAAAUGUGGGAUGUAA